GCGCAUGUGCGCUGGAGCCCUCUCGGAGCUGCGUGUGCGCGCACACACGCCGCAGCGGAGCUUGAAUCUGGUCGUAGGAGCACAGAGUGGGACUUGGGGGGCACUAUGCUGUCACCCGAGGCGGAGCGGGUGCUGCGGUACCUGAUGGAGGUGGAGGAGCUCGCCGAGGAGGUGCUGGCGGACAAGCGGCAGAUUGUGGACCUGGACGCCAAAAGGAAUCAGAACCGGGAGGGCCUGAGGGCCCUGCAGAAGGAUCUCAGCCUCUCUGAUGUGAUGGUUUGCUUUGGGAACAUGUUUAUCAAGAUGCCGCACCCGCAAACGAAGGAAAUGAUUGAGAAAGAUCAGGAUCGUCUGGAUAAGGAAAUAGAGAGACUCCGGAAGCAACUUAAAGUGAAGGUCAACCGCCUCUUUGAGGUCCAAGGCAAACCAGAGCUGAAGGGUUUUAACCUGAACCCCCUCAACCAGGAUGAGCUUAAAGCUCUCAAACUCAUCUUGAAAGGAUGAAACUCAAGCACCAAGAUGGGGGAUAUGAGACCAGCAUCCCCCCUGGGGUCUUGGAGGACCCAGACUGCCCAGCCUUGAAAUCUGAAAGGAUAGGAUCUGUCCUACAAAAGGGGACAGGCAUCAGGAACCUGAACAUGGCCGCUGUACGAAGCCUCUUUGUCUGUAGUGACUGGCUGCUCUGUGACGACAAGAGGGAGCCCUCAGCCUGCCAGUGUCUGCUGGGCUGGGUGGACACAAGACCCAUUGACAGGCCCUGGCAGGCCCUAGUGGGCGGGGGAUCACGUCUGCGGGGGUGUGAGAAUGGCUGCCACAGGCACUUCUAACAAGGGCCUGCUGUUCAGAUGGGCCUAUGCAAGGAAGAGUGGGUGCUUCAUUCCAGCAUUCCUCUCAGGAAGGGAAGCAUUUUCAAGCAGUGUGUGUAAUGAAAUACAGCAGAAGGCUCACAGGGGGUUCCUGAACAAAGGACAGAAUCUUGGUGGUUGUGGCUUGCCACAGACAUCUGUGGGCAGACGCACCAUUUCCCCUGACUGCCCCCACUUUGGCCCUUUUUUCCUGCUUGGCCCAAGGACGGAGCCCAGGGUGGGUGCUGCUUCAUCAACCUCUUGCCCUUGCUCUUUAGUCAUCAAGGCCUUGUAGUCCCGCACCAGGAUGUGUGAGAGGGGUGUCUCUUAACAUGGUACUUGGAUCAAGGAUGCCCCUCACCGCCUCGGAAAGCAGGGCCUGGGCUAGUGACACUCAGAGUUCCUGCGGUGGUCUCAGACCCUAGUGUGAAUGUGCUGUGAGGGCACCAGGGUGUCUUCUGUGUUCAUUGUGGGCUUAAUAAAUGUUUCUUAAACGA